UACCUACCAUGUUUUAUGUUUUCUUUGCAGAAGAUAUUUCUGACGUUUGCCCUUGUGCUUUCUGCCUUGGUGGUGCUGUCAAGUGCAGCCUGUUAUUCUGACAAUUUAACACUUAAUCCUAAAACAAGAACUAAAGUCUGUAUUAUGGAUGGAAAGAUACAUUCCAUAGGAACAAAAUGGAAGACUCCACAAUGUGAACGGUGCACCUGUGGACCAAGUGGAAUGCAUUGCUGUACUGAUUAUAUGAAACCUGCUGGCUAUGAUAAGGCGAAAUGUGAAGCUAUUUUUGAUCAGGAAAAAUGUACUUACAAUUUGGUGAGGAAAGAUGACCCUUCAAAAAAAUGCAAUGAGGCCGCAAUAUACAUUGGUUAAUACACCACAUCCAAACAGGUUCAUGAAAAAAAAUCAGAUCUUCAUCUUCAAAAUCAUGGUUUACGUCAACGGCCUGAAGCAGUCCUAUGCAGAAACAAAUUGUUGUUACCUGUACACAUCAAUCAUCACACAGUACACAUGUACAAAAUAAAAAUGAAAUUAUUAA